AAAUCAUUUAUAUUAUUCAACAAAAAUACAAAAUUGUUUUUUAUUUAAAAAAUACAAAACAAUUAAAUCAAAACAAAAUGUCAAAACUAUUGGUUUGUCUAAUGUUGGCCACACUAGCAGUGGUCAAUGUAUUGGCCACUGACACAACUACGGAGCCCAACUGUGGCGGCGAGGGCUGUAAAUGCGGUGAAUGGGUUGGCCAGUUUUGCGGCAAACGAACCAAUCGGCAGUACACUACCGACAAUGGACUCACUUACGGACCGGUACUCAAAGGUUGCGACUGUAAACCGGAUGCCAUCUACCAGUGCGGCCAAAAUCAGGAAGAUUUCGAGGCCAGCUAUAAUACCCAGUGUUUUGUAUGCGAAGACGACAAAAACAAACCGGGAGUCGACCGGUGUGUCAACACUUUUGGCCAAUCGGACGACAACGACGAAAUCAAAUACUGAAAUCAAGUUUGAGUAACCAAAGGGGGUGGGUGGGGGUGGCGAUAUAGUCAAUAUAUAUAUGAUCACAUAUAAAAUAAAUUACCCUGAAAAUUUCUAAUUAAUUAUUAUUAUUUUUUAAUUAAUUUUAUU